AUGGCGAAAACAACUGCAUCCUCGAACGCAGAUGAGAAGAUGACACUGCCCUCAGUCAUCCUUGAAAAUAAUUCACCAACAAAUGGUCACAGCUCUCCCACCCGAACUGGCAAAACAACGCCAUCAUACACAGAGAAGAAGACACAAAUAAAUGGCCAUGCGUCUCCAUUACAUGUUCAAGCAAACAGUAACAAAGCAAUUUUAGAGGGUUAUAUGAAGACAGACGACAGAGUGCGUUUAGCCAAAGAAAGGCGUGAAGAAAGAGAGAGAAGUCUUGCGGCCAGAGAGCAGAUGAUCAAAGAGAAAGAGCGGCGUGCACAGCUGCAGUAUGAGCGCACACUGGAGGAGCGCUGUAAGCGUCUGGAGGAGCAGAGGCUGAGGGAGGAGCAGCGUCGAGCCGCAGUGGAAGAGAAAAGGAGGCAUCAGCUGGAGGAGGAGAGGGAGAGACUGGAGGCUCGUAUGAAGAGGUCCCUGGAGCGCAGUCUUCAGCUGGAGCAGAGGAGCAGGCGAUGGGGCAGAGGAUACCUCGGUGACUGUGAGAAUGCCUCUCUCCCCUCCGCUGCCUCCGCCUUUCCCUCUGGCAUUGCCUCCCCUAUUCCUGCUGUCAGCGAAUCUGCGCCCUGUAGCCCACACAGGUCUCCAUACCGCAUGGACCACAGCAGAGUGGUUCUACAAGGAGGUUCUCAGUCCACUCCAAACACCCCUAAAAAACAACGUUUGCCAAAGUAUAUAAAUUCUUCUCCGGGUUAUGCUUCCCCUUUGAGGAGGUCUGAAUCUCCAGCUGCAGUCAAACUCACAUCCUCUCAUUCACCUAAGAUUGUGACAAAGAUUCGAACCCACUCACCCAACAACUUGCAUCAGCACUCUCCAAUUAGGCAGAAUGCAAACCUCUCAAAGGAGGGGAAGAAAGCAGAAGACAUUAGGGGAAAAGGCAAUGAACUCAACAAAAGCAUCAGUCCUCAAAGAAGAGUCCAAUCAGAAAAACACACUUCUGAUUCCAAAACUCCAGGUGGGCCUUCUCACUGCGUCAAAGUGAAUAUGACCGAAAAGUAUCACUCUCCUGAAAGACGGAACAAAGGAACCAAGGAGGAGCCAAGCCUCUGUGUCCAAAAUGGGAACAAGAAAAAAGAUAUUGCCCCAUGUACAUCUUCCGUCAAAGUGUCUGCACGUACAACAAACGAGGAGGAGGCCACAAGGCUGUUGGCUGAACGUCGACGUCUGGCUCGAGCUCUGAAGGAACACGAGGAAAUGAAACAAGCAAGAGUGGAAGAAGAAAGGCUGAAAAAGGAACAGCUGAAAAAUCCAAUCACACAACAACUGGAGGUGAAAAUUGAGGCACAAAAAGAGCAGAUACAAAAUGUUGAAAACCUUGUGCGAAAGAACGAAAUGAAUAAAGCAAAUGGUGAAAAGGAGCCGCUGAUACAAAAUGGACAAGAGGAAAAGCCAAUGGUACUGACCCCUGAUGAGGCUGGACUGCAACAAGGACGAGAUCUACAGAAAAUACAAGAAGAGGAGGAGAGACAGCUGCGCAAAAAGAGAAUUGAAGAAAUCAUGAAGCGAACCCGGAAAGGGGAGGGGGACUUGAAGGUGGAGGAGGGUGCCGGGUCAGAAACAGGGGAAAUACCUGUCAGUGCUGAUGAUAAGUCGAAGGAAAUAUCAGACCAAAAACCUGAGCUCCAAAGCAAAAGUGAAAACAAAACAGCUGGUAGCACAUUGUUGAAGAAAGAGGCUGAGGUCAAUGGAGCAUCCCAGAACAACAUCACCAAACCCUCCGUGACUACCCUCCUUUUGGGACAGCUAACUCCUCCAGUCAUCAAACUUGCCCCCCUGGAAGUGUCCCGCACAAGCUCUGGGGAUGAGAUUCAGUCCAUGGAAGUCAGCCCAGUGUCAAAAGAAGAGCUCAUCUCAAUUCCAGAGUUUUCUCCAGUAAAUGACGGUCCAAACGGCGGCUUGAGUAACAUCAUCGUGGGUAAUCAGCCGGUGAAUGUUUUCUCCUGA